AUGGCACAAAUAGAUUCCAGCGGCAAAAAUACCUUGGCGGAUCUCCCCGAAGAGACCAUGCUGCACGCACUCGAUAAGCAACUCUUGGUCGUGCUGACGGUGCUGCCCAUCGUCGCGUACCCGUUCCUACCCUCCGCUGGCCGAUUGGGAAUCCGAUGCGAGAUAGUCUUGAUCUGGUCUUGCCUGCUCAGUGCUCUCAUCAUCAACACGGUGGCAUGGACGGCGGCAGACGGCCCUAUCAUUUCUCGCCGCAUUGGCUGGCGUCCAAGUCAUCUUCUUUUUCGUGAUGAUCCGCGACCAAGAUAUCACCGGUUUAUAACACGCCAGGUCCCUUGGUGGCCAGAAAACGGUGCUGCUGAGGAUUUUGGACCAGGAUUUAGCGUCGCACUUGCGAUUGUGGCUAUACGAAUAUCUAACGACGCUGUCGCAAAAUCUACCGCCGUCUUGGUCUCGUGUCUCGCCUGCGCGCGCCCACUGGCAAGCGCACUCAGCCGCGGCCGCCGCCUAACAUCUCCGAAGCCGAAGCCGCCAAGUACCUAG